AUAUGCAGCCAGAAAUUUCAGAAGCAACCGCUAUACAAAAUAUGACGAGGGUUCCUGGCAAGAGAAGUGGGCAAGAGAGGUAGGAAUGAGAUUCCGCAUGAGAUAAUUAAGGUUAGUCGGGAUGAAGAAUCGACCACGAGAAGACCAAGUCAAAUCAACUGGAAUAGCUUUUGGGCCCUCAUAUCAGUCUCCUAUUCUGGAUUAUUUUCAGCCGGCUUCUUCAGGGAAGGGGAAGCCAACGAAGCUGCACAACAGGAAACAUCAGAUUGGAUCUUUAUACUUUGAUAUGAGAUCUAAAGAGAUGGAAUUGGCAGAAAGGCGCUCAAAAGGGCUUUCUCACAAAAGCAGAAACACAAGCCAAGUAUGGAUGGUAAUAAACUCAUAA